AUGUUUUAUAUCGACUCACAAAAAACAUUGACACGUCGGGAUAGUUCUUUAAUUUUGACUGGAAGUUAUACAAGAAAUGACCAUAAUGAAUUUGAAUUAUUGAAUACACGUGUACCAUCAACGGGACGACUUACUAGCGAUUCUGGGGUAUCCCUUGCACAACGUCCAAAAGGUUCUGUACGGAAGGAAAUCAUUACGUCGCUCUUUGAAUCUAUGCUGGAUAAUAUUGUUGAGUCUUGGGAAGUUAUUGGGCAACGUAAAAAUGAAGAAUUUGUUUCCGAACUACCCAAAACUCCAAGUGAAUUAAUAGUUGUUAACAAAAAAAAGAAAACUGUCGUAGGUUUAUCAAAAACUAAGAAGAGUCGCUCCAAAAUUGAAUUAGAUGAGAGUACACAGGUAAACGACUUACUACAACUGUGUUGGUGGUCAGCACCGGAUGAGAGAGCGUAUAUCCGCUUUCGUAAUGGAAAUGUCUUCGAAGGAAAUAUUUCAAUGAAGUGUAUGCAUGGCGAGGGUCGUUAUCAGUGGUCUGAUGGUACAAUAUUCUUAGGUCAAUUUAAGGAUAAUAAAAUCAUGGGAAAAGGUGUUGUUCAGUGGAAGAAUGACACAUGGUAUGAAGGUGAUUUUGCUGGAAACCUUCGUCAUGGUAAAGGUCUAUACGUGGACUCGCGAAAUCAAUGUUCCUACUCAGGCGGUUGGCAUUACGGAACUAAACAUGGCGAGGGCGUUAUUCACUACUCAGGAUUUUUUAAAAAUUCUUACGAUGGACAAUGGAUUCAUAAUGUACGUCACGGAUUUGGGUCCCGAGAAUAUUGUGAAAUGAGUGGUUAUAAGGGUGAGUGGGAUACGUCUAUUAGAGAAGGCAAAGGUUUAAUGAUAUGGCCAAACCAUGAUUUCUACAGAGGCGAAUGGAAAAAUGGAAUUAUGUCUGGAUAUGGCGUGUAUAUUUGGGAUGCAUAUUACAAUAAUUCGAUGUCUUCUCCGUCCCUUUGCGCAUAUCGUGGUUCAUGGGAAAAGGGGACGCGAAAUGGAUACGGUGUAUUGAAUCUUGGAUUAGGACUAGGUUCUUUUUACAAGGGUGAAUUCAAGAACAAUAAAAAACACGGCGUAGGAAGAUUUGUUACUAACAAUGGACUUAUCCUGCAACAUAAGCAAUUAUUUUUUGAUGACAAUAUUGGUCACCUGACUUCGAAGGUGCAAGAAAAUGAAUUUACUGGCCAUCUAUACACACAAUUAGAGGAACCUUAUACGUUUGAUAUAUGUGAUAAUUCUGUUGGUCUUAUUUAUCAUAUUGAGCAAGGUAUCAAAAAUAUCGAUAAGCAACACGAAAUAAGAGCCGCAAUUAUUAACGAUUUUAUUGAAUUUAAUAAAGCAACUCAUUCUUUAUCUAUUGCUCCUAAAGAGGAUGUACGAGAAGAAAUAAGUAAAUUUUAUUUUGAUGAUUUCAUUGAAUUCGAAGUGGACUCAUUGCGUAAGGCUCUUAAAUGUUACGAAAGCUUUUUAAAAAAGAUAUACUACCGAUAUGCAACAAUAUGUAACCGAGAGGAAAUACACUUUACUCCUGUUCUCAUCAGAUUAUAUUUGUGGCAACUAUUUUAUGACUGUAAUAUACAUACGAAAGGUUUAACGUUAUUUGAAAUUGAUAAAGCAUUUCAUGAAAAUCCGGACUGGAUUUCGAAAAGACCUCAAGAUCCAUUCGAAACAAUUUAUUUUUGGCAAUUUCAACACUAUUUAAUAACCGUUUCUAGAAAACUGUACGCAAAAAAACAUCUGCCAACUAAAAAGCCAGACAGUAUGAUCGGUAAUGCGUUCAGGAUAUUCAUGGAAAAAGAUGUUUUACCCGGAGCUGGACGUGGGAGAGGGAAACUUGUAGAAGGAUAUGCAUCAUUUGUUCCAUUAAAAGGUCUUUAUGAAUUAUACUGUAGCUUAGGAGAGCCUUGUACGAUACGCAAGUUUUUAUGUGCUAUUCGACAGUCUCCUCAUUGCUCUACACAACCAAAACAAUUUAUCGUUGAAGAUUCAUGUCCUAUAAUGGGAUUGAAUGCUUAUAUUUUUGGUAAUGAGAUGACAUUUAUAACUGAUGAUCCUAUUGAGAAUAAUGCGCAGAAAUUAAAUAGUUGCUUUAGGUUAUUUAAUAUAAGCAAUUUGUCGAGCAAAACUGUUAUAAAAAUAUUUUCAUACAUAUUUCCUCAAAUCUGUGUAUCAAAUAAAAUAAUAGAUUUAAAUGUAGAAAUAACUUUUUUUGAAUUUUUUGAAGCGUUUAUUAUAUGUGUUGAGGAGAGUAUCAGAGUUUCAAACGAAAAUCAAGAAAAUAUUUCAUUGAGCAAUCUUGAAGCCUUACUCAAACAUAAGAUAUAA